AUGACAUCAUCUGGCCUGAUAGUAGUUGGAGCUGUUGCUGGUGGUUUGACAGCCAACCCAGCCAUUCUAGGAAGCAUAUCAGGAGCUGGUUUAGUUCUAAAAACAUUCUCUGAGACAAAAAACUAUAAAAGAAAAAUUGAGAUGGCUCUGUCUGCUUACACUUCUUACGACAAGACAUUAGUUGGUCNGAACAUGGGAGUGGUCUAAGGUGUGGGGUGUGGGGCGGGGUGGUUAGCAACACCAUAAAUCCAUUUGAUAGUUAAAGGAGGGGUUGUUGUUGUAGUAAAAGUUUCUGAAGAAAAAAAAAAAAGAUAGAUAGUUAGUGGGGUUCUUCUCUUGUCCUCCCUUUGGGCAAGGAGGGAUGGGGGGUGGGGGGGGGGGGGGGGGGGGGGGGGGGGGGUACUCAGGAUUUCAAGUGACGAGGAUGAUCGAAGGAUUUUUUUGGGUUUGAAAUUUUUGAUUCCGGGAUUUUUUUGGGUACGAAAAUUUGGCAAGUAUUUUUUUGGGUAGCUUGAUUUGAGUAGCGAUUUUUUGGGAUAUUAAAAAGAAUCGGUAGUGCCCUGGCUGCGUAGUUCUGCGAGUAAAGUACAAACAAGCGUGUUUUGCUGUUGUUUAAUAGUUAACUAUGGUGUCGCUUUACAUCUCACGUGUUAUACAACAGUCUGCAUUUUUGGUCCAGGGAUUUUUUGGGGUUUUGCUGGAAGCCCUAGGGAUUUUUUUGGGUCUUGACUUUUGGCUCCAUUAGAUCAUCCCCGUCACUUGAAAUCCCGAGUAACCCCCCCCCGCCCCCGCUGGGGUCUGAGGACUUCGUUGCGAGGGGCUACCUUUAACAAAGACGACUUCUUGAAGGAAAUGACAGUCCUCGAUGAAACCAUUGUCGAUUUUGCUCCAUUAGUGACAAGAUUUGAAAAGCAGUACGCUAAAAAGUUCCUCUCCUGUCCAACAGAAACUGUGAAACAAAAUGGCGAACAGUUUGAGACAACAACCUCGUCCCCAGGGCCUCUUGCUCAAUGA